ACGUAGACAGCGAACAGAAAAGUCGACUCGAUGUAAAAUGACGAGCAACUAAAACGUACGGCUGGUUUCGGCUUUCUGGAAAUAGCAAAAAAAGCACUAUUCAGUAACAGUAGACCAAAUUUUUGUAAAUAUUUGUUUUGUUCAUAAUUAGGUAAAAUAAACAAAAAUCAUGUCGGAUGUAAGUAGAAGAGGGGCGAUAUAUGUCCACCGCAGUGACAUGGAGUCGUUGAAGAAUAACAAUUACAGUACCAAGAACAGCAGGGAGAGUAUUGGGGCUAUACCAAAAGCGAGUAGCUCCGAUAGAUUUCGAACUAAAUCUGAAGAUCAGGAAAGAAGAAGCAAGAGUACCAUACCGUCAAGUGGGCAAAGUCGUCGUGGAAGCGUAGCAACUGGUGGAAGGCGAGGCAGCACCAUGGGCGACGGGUACCUCCGAAGAGGUAGCGUGCUACCGGAGACUGGCUCGGGAGGUCGACGCCAGAGUACUGUUGACUACGGAAGGGGUCCAGCUUCCGGCAGGCGAGGGAGCAGCCACCCUGGAGAUGGUGCAUAUAACCGGCGCGGUAGUCGAAUGGAUGACAUGUCAUACUCUCCUCAUCAGCGACGCAAGAAGAAAUCAGCUGAACCCGAACCUGCACUCACCAAAGAGCAGGUUGAAGCUUUCCAAGAGGUGUUCGAUCUCUUCGACAGCAAUGGUGGAGGAACCAUUGAUGCAGAUGAGCUUCAGCUAGCUUUGAGCUCUGUGGAUAUCCAUCUACCCGCACAAGAUAUCCGAGAUGUUCUGGAAGGGAUCGACAAAGACGGAAGUGGGGAAAUUGACUUUGAAGAGUUUCUGACGCUGAUGACAAAUACUGAAAAAUUCCUUGAAACUGUUGCGGAUAGCCAUGACGAGCACGCUCUUGGGGAAGAUGACGUAGCAGGGGGUCGCGAGACUGUUUUAUUUGACGCCCUUACCAAGUUCAUGAAGACCUCCGCUCUCAAACAAAUGGAUGUACUCGAAAGAUAUUUCAAUACCAAAUACAAACGCGCCCAAGCCCCUCAUGUUGUCAUGCAUUACGCUGCUGGAGCAAGACUCAUUGGCCUGACUGAAAAACAACUAGCUCAACAUCUUGAUCGCCUGCAGGAAAGCAAUGAAGAGUACGACUAUAAGUCCCCCUACGCAGAACCUCUCAGAAUCAUGCUCGCUCCACAGCGAAACGUAAGGAAGAAGAAGAAGAAGAAGAAACGUAUAAAGGAUGAAACAGUGGAUGUCCCUGAUGAACGUCCUCGACUCACUGGAAAGAUUCGAAUUCGGGUUCACUUUAAGUCGGAAGAUGACAACACAACCAAGGUGGAGGAGAACAAAAAAGAGGAGGAACUUGUUAGUCAAGUUGUUGGACAGGAUACCAAGAAGAAGAGGAGGGAAUGGGUUCCUCGUCUAGGCUGGAUCCAGCCCAAUGUGAAGAGGAUUGCUGAUCGUCUUCCCAAGAUGAAGAUCAUUCAGACCAUGGAUGAUCUCUCAGGUAUCAGGCAAAAGAUCCAAGCAGCAACCAAGGAAUACGAUCACGAUCUGGCCAUCAGCAGACGACGCGCCAACAACCUUUAUUGGAAGACUCUCAGAUGUGAUAAAAUGAAUGAGACUCAAUUGAUUAAUUUCAAACGAGUGUUUCACGCUUACAGUGACAUAGGCAAACUCGUAGCUGUUUAAACCAAAAUUGCAUCAGUACAUCUAUUAGGAUAUAUGCAAUGGCCUAAUUGAUAGAAGGAAUAAUUGCAUAAUAACAAAGGGAAAUGAGCGGAAAUUAAAUUGAAGUCACCGAGGUGACAGAGUUUUUAAUUAUCAUAGUAUUCUAUACAUGGUUGCAACAUGGAAAUGAAGCGCAAUAGGUGCAGAUUUAAAGCAGGUUAACCAUACUGAUAUUCCAUGCUUUUCUUUGUUUUCUCUCGAUGUUAAUGCAUCUAUUUUGAUAAGGGUGUUUCCUUAUUCACUGAUUGAUAUACGUUUUCAAUCUGAAUUUAGAUGGAGACGACUGAUAAAAGACAAUAAACAUAAUGAAUUCUGUCAGGUUUC